AUGGGGCGAGCUGCUUCAAAGGCGCUACAACGAACCACUCACAGCUCUUCUCAGAGGUUCCAAGCUAGCCACGGCCGUAAAUUCUGCUUUCACUGGAACAGCAUGAAAGGCGCUUACAGUCAGCCAAUCAUGUAUCCGAAACCAAAUUGGGACUUGAGAGUUGCAGAACAAGAACAAGGGGGGGGGGGGGGCGCAAACGGACGGGGUGUGUGGCAGUGGGACGUCGCGACGCUUGCUGCUCCCAAGGUGGAGGAUUUAAAUUUAAACCACUGGCGUUAA